UAAAAUAUCGGGACCAUCUAAUAAAAAUUAAUAACGGUCAAACACGAUUAAUAAUACUAUUCUGAUAAUGAGAGAGGAUAUUAAUAUUAUAACAUAGAAAGAAAGAAACCCAGCAAAAAAAAUUCAUAUAGAUACCCAAAACCUUAAUAUACGCAGACCAUGUUCCAUUUGGAUUGUGUCUUCUGCACCACCAGAUAAAUAAGCUUUAUUCCUCAAUUUAAUUAUAAAUCCACAAACCAAAAUUUAUCUCUCUUCUGGUGUAAGUCUUUCUCUCUGUCACUGUCUUUCUGGUGUGAUUAUUGAUUCUUUGCUAUCUGUGUUAAUUUUUCGAGGCCCCUUUUGAGGUAAGACUCGUUCUUGUAUUAACCUAGUUCUAUAAAGAUUGAAUUUCACUACUUUUGCUUAUGCUUUCCAUGUUUUCUUGCAAGAUUGUUGAUAGUUUCACAACUAGCGACGUUCAAUUUCUUCGUAAGGGUUUGUGGGGGUCUUUCUCAUCUCUGAAUAGGGAAGGUUGAAUGAUUUGGAAAAAUGAGUUCUGACGAUGUGAGGCUAGAAGAAGAUGAUCUAGAAAUGGAGAAUGGAAGGGUUCCUGUCUCAGCCAUUUUAGAAUCAAAAGAGCCAAAGACGGUUCAGCCAAUUGAGAAUAUUCCUAAGUCUGGUGCAAAUGAAGAGGAUGUGCAGGUUAAUAUAGUUGGGAGUGGGAGCGUAGUAUUUGGUGGCAAGGCAGUGGAAGAUGUUUGUGAGGAUGCCACUGAUUAUGAAUGUUCCAGUUCCAGUUCUUUUGGUGAUACAGAUUCUGACACACAGGAUGCAUCAACAUUCACUAACAAUGGAAUAGAAUCGCUGCCAAUGUGUGAUGGUGAUCAAAGUAAGACUUCUUUAUAUAGAAAGAACAAAGCGACAACUUGGCAUUGGAAGAGCUUCAUUCACCCUGUUAGGUGGCGCUCUAAAUGGCUAGAAUUGCAAGUGAAGAAACUUAACACUCUGGCACUGAAAUAUGAUAAAGAGCUUGCCGCAUACGAACAUAGAAAGCAGCUUGAGUUUUCAAAGUUCACAAUUGAUGAUCUUAAUGUGAAGUCAGUACCUAUAUACGAUGACAUUGGCAGAAAUAAAGUUAUGAAGAGGAAGAAAAGGAACAAAGCUGAAGAACGUGAUUUAUCAUCAUACGUCUCUAAGCACAACAUAUUCUCUUACUAUGAGAACAAAAACCGGGGCAUUUGUGUAGAAGAUUCUUGUGGUGAUACCUUGAAUUUUACUGAGGAGGUCAAGUUUAAUGAUACGUUGUCUCCUACUGAUCUUGAAGACAAUGAUAAAACUAUUAUUGACGUCAUUAAAAGGAUUGAAGAGCUACAGUCACAUGUUGGGAAAUUGAAAACCCGGAUUGAUAAUGUUGUUAGAGAAAAUCCAGGAAAGUUCUGUUCUGUAACUCAGUUGGGCAUGACUGGACCAUCUGAUGGACUUAAUCAUUCUGGUCAUAAUUCUAGUUCUUUAGUUGGCAAUGACAACACAUUUCCGGCCAGAUUUUUUCGUGCUUCAUCACAGUAUAAAUCUGAGUUAGACAAAGAAGAUCUACUUUUGACUCAAAAUACAUUACCGACCCGCCCCAUGACAACUCCCUUUAUUGAAACCACCGGUAUGCCCCAGCAUGAGUUUCUCCAGGAAAAUACCAAGGAUGACAUUCUUAUACAAAAUCAGGCAGCUAAGGAAGAGUUGCAUGAUUUUGAGAGUAUUAGAAACCAAUUUAUGGAGAAAGCCAAGGAAUCGGUUGAAGAGCAUAAAUCCAUGUCCACUGAGAAUCCUGUUUCUGCUUUGCAAGUUGGUUCUGCAUCGAACUUAAAUCUUCGCAGGAGCAAAAGGAGGGGAAGGAGAAAAAUUGUCUCAAAGGGUUGGAAAAGGAGAUAGUCUGCAUAAGUUGAAUCUACAUGAACUGAUUAUUUGUUUCUUAGAUAACUACAGGAGUUCAGAAUUUAUCAAUCAUGACGUGUAAAUGGUAGUUUUCGUCGGACAUACGUUUUCUGUCAUCAAGAUGAGUUCUUGCAUCGACAAAUGAGUUCAAUUGUACAUGACGUAAAAAAAAGUAGCAUGCUCUAUGUACAAAGAAAGCUUGUGUUUAUAAUUAUUGGAGAAUUCUUAAUUUGUGCAAUUUUUUCUGAUUUGCUUGGGCAUUAGAAUAGUCUUUUCUCUCUGUCUUUGAAGAGUCAAUACAUAUGCUGUUAUGGUUUUUGACUCAGGUGAUUGUGUUCUUUCUAUUCUUUUUCUCCUAGUUUCUUUAUUUUUUCAUA